GUAAGGAGGAUGGUGCGGGCGGUGCGCGGGGCGGGCGAGCGGCCAGCGGCGGGGCAGCAACGGCGGCAACAGCAGCGGGUGCGAGACGCAGCGGCCAUCGCCGCCAGGCACCGUGCCGGGACGCGCCGCGCCGGGUGAUCUUGAGUUCUUCAUAACUUGCUAGUGCUCAGCCUCCUCAUGCCUCCAUCUCCUUUAGACGACAGGGUAGUAGUGGCACUUUCGAGGCCGGUGAGACCUCAGGAUCUCAACCUUUGUUUAGACUCUAAUCAUCUUGAAUCUGCCUCAGCUGCCAGCGGGAGCCACUCCAGUCUGCUUAGCACAGCUAUCGUGUCCCUAAAGACUGCUAAUCUCACGUAUAUGCCCUCAUCUAACGGCUCUGCACGCUCUCUGAGUUGUGGAUGCAGCAGUGCCAGUUGCUGCACUGUGGCAACAUACGACAAGGACACUCAGACCCAAACUCAAGCGAGCACCAGCAGCCCCAGCGCCGGAGCCUCCACCACCUGCCCUGCCAACCAAAUGGUCAACAACAAUGAGAACGCUGGCAGCUUGAGCCCGCUGGGCGGAGUGGGGAGUCCUGUCUCGGGCACCACCAAGCCACUUGCUAGCAUCAAAAUCAUCUACCCCAAUGAUCUGGCGAAGAAGAUGACCAAAUGCAGUAAGAGCCACCAACAGAACCAAGGGCCUGUCAUCAUUGACUGCAGGCCAUUCAUGGAGUAUAAUAAGAGCCACAUUCAAGGGGCUGUCCACAUUAACUGUUCUGACAAGAUCAGCCGGAGAAGGCUCCAGCAAGGCAAGAUCACGGUCUUGGACUUGAUCUCCUGUCGUGAAGGCAAGGACUCCUUCAAGAGAAUCUUUUCCAAAGAAAUUGUAGUUUAUGAUGAGAAUACCAAUGAGCCAAGCAGAGUAAUGCCUUCCCAGCCGCUCCACAUAGUGUUAGAGUCACUCAAGCGAGAAGGCAAGGAGCCUCUAGUCCUAAAAGGAGGACUCAGCGGUUUCAAGCAGAACCAUGAAAACCUCUGCGACAACUCCCUCCAGCUGCAAGAAUGCCCAGAGGGGGGAGGAGGGGGCGGCGCAUCCGCCGUGCCCCCCACGCUACCUCAGUCCAUCCCCACCACACCAGACAUCGAGAACGCUGAGCUCACCCCCAUCCUGCCCUUCCUCUUCCUCGGAAACGAGCACGAUGCUCAGGACUUGGAGAAGAUGCAGAGGAUGAACAUCGGCUACGUCAUCAACGUGACCACCCACCUGCCCCUCUACCACUACGAGAAAGGCAUGUUCAACUACAAGCGGCUCCCCGCCACUGACAGCAACAAGCAGAAUCUCAGGCAGUAUUUUGAAGAGGCUUUUGAGUUCAUUGAGGAAGCUCACCAGUGUGGAAAAGGUCUCCUCAUCCACUGCCAGGCUGGGGUGUCGCGAUCUGCCACCAUCGUUAUCGCGUACUUAAUGAAGCACACGCGCAUGACCAUGACAGAUGCCUACAAAUUUGUCAAAGGCAAACGACCAAUCAUUUCCCCUAACCUUAACUUUAUGGGGCAGUUGUUGGAGUUCGAAGAAGACCUAAACAACGGCGUCACCCCACGAAUCCUCACACCAAAGCUGAUCGGCGUGGAGACUGUCGUGUGAUGGGCGAAGCUGCCGAGAGACGGUCGUGGAAGGGUUAAGCUGAUUUGGGGCAGCAAUGGGUGGGUCGUGGGGUUUUCUUUUGGCUUUUUUUUUAGCUUUCGAGGAGGGUUUUGUGACAAACCUUUUGUGAAUAAAAUCCUUUUUGGUUUUUUUUGUAAGGAAAGGUUUUUAAAAGCUUGGAGAACUUUGGCUGUGUUCGGGAUGCUGUUGGCUAUUUCCUCCCCAGACGCUGGCAGAGCAGGGAGGCUUCAGAGCGAAAAGGACUACUUUUAAAGAUCAAAAGGAGAAGAAGAAGAAGAAAUAUUGGCCUCUUUUUUUUUUCCCCUUAUGCUUAUUUUUCCCCUCCUUUCCAGCUACUUGUAGAAUUUAUGGCUAAGUAGUCUGUGCAGGUUCAUAGACUGAAGAAACCUAAGUUGAAAAUGAAAUCCAAGCAGCCAAAACUCCCUGAAACAGAAGGGCCUUCGUUCUGCAAAGGCUUUGCUGAAGAUAACCUAGUUAACGCUCACCGAUGCAGAGGAAAUCAGAGCAGCUUAAAAAGUCUGCAAGGCACUUUUUUUUUUCACACUCCUGACUCGAACUAAACAAGAUUUUGGGGGGAGGGGGAAGAGGAGGAGAAGUUUCUUUGGCGUGUUUCAUGUUCCAGUUCUAUUUUUCUAUUUCGGGGCGUUAAGAUUUUAACAGUAAAGGGACUUUGAUCAUUCUAUGCCAUAUGCCUUCACUGGCUUCUUGUGCAAUAAUAAGUUGGGGUUUGUUUUGAGUGUUCAGUUGUAGAGUUGGCUGCCCAUUAAUAAGAAGAUAAUAAUUUUUAGAGUCUAAUAGUGCAACAGCAGCCAGCUUGGUUCAGGAAGGAUGAGAGCAAUUAUUUCGUUCCUCUUUAGAUGAUUUUUUUGGUCCUGGUUACAGUGCCAUAAACCUUGUUCCAUAUGUAUAUCAGAAUGUACAAAAGAAACCACCCCAACAAACCCAAGAAUGAGCAAAAUUUAUUUAAAGGUUUGUUUUUCUUUUUUUUUUUUUUUUACAGAAAAUAUUUGUGUGCUUCAGUAGUCUCUGUACAGAGGAAGAAAAAGAUGAUCAUAAACCAGAAAAAUCUUUGGGGCAAUGUUGUGUCCUUUCAUUUCUUUAGCAAAUGCUCCGUUGCCUUUCCCUGGGUUGGGCUUUUGUUUUUUUCUGUUCUGUACUUUUUGGUUUGCAUUUGGUUUUGUUAGCAGUGUAUAUCUCUUUCCUCCCCCCACUGAUGAAACUGGUGUCACUUCUUUUGCAUCUCCUCUCGAGUGUUUUCCUUCCUGUCCUCUGCUGGUGGAAUGUUUUCUUUCUUUUUCUACUGUACUUUUGCAUCCUUCGAUUUCUGUAACCGGAUUUCUCUCCCCUCCGAAGCGGAUUGGGUUUGGAGCUAUCUAGCUGAGUUAGCAAGGGCUCUUUGGGACAGACCUGUCAUUUCUACAGCUCAGUAGGCAUUUGGAAAAAAAUAAGAAAUAAACAUUCUCCACUGAUUCCUUCUCAUCUUCCUGCAAUUAGCUUUUUCUGUCUGACAAAGCUGUCCGGUUUCUAGAAAUGUGUUGGUCCUGUGUGUGCUUUUCACAGCUCCACAGUCCCUAGGAGUCCUCCUUCUGGGAUUUCCCCCUGUCUUGCCCAUCUUCAUCCCCUUCCAGCUGUGUCAGUGUUAAGUGUGGUGUGUUUUGUAGGGCUGAUGUUUCUGCUUGGCAGUGUCCCUUAGGGUGGCUGACUUCUGCUUGCUUGCUUUAUAUUUCCUCUUUGUUUUUAAUGCUGUGGUAUAACCUGAUCUCUUCCAGGCUGUGACUGACUCUAAAGUUUAUUUGUAUGAGCCUAAAAUGAGUUGGGAAGCACUUCUUGUGUGAUUCUGUCGUGCAAACUGAUAUAUCCCAAAAAGUCUGAUAGCAGGGAAGGUUUUUUUUAUCCUAGAGGAAAACCUAGGUGGACUGAACCAAGGCUAAAACAGGACCUGUCAGAAAACUUAUGUAUAAUCACCUUAGACUUGUAUAUUUUUGUGGACAUUUUACUUAAAAUGUUGUUACUAUACAGAUAUUUUCUUGACUCUCAUCCCUUUAUUAAAUUAUUUUUCUACUGGAA